AUGGAGGGUGUACUCGACGCCAAGGAGUCUGAAUCGUCUUUCCGAGAAAUUACGAGUUCUCCGGAGUCAAUACCGGCGGGUAGCGACCCUCACACAUCCAUGGUAGAAGACAUGGUGAUACAGAGGCCCGUUUCGGUGAGCAUGUUUGACAGAUUUAGACCAGCAGUGAUACGAGAAAAGAGCAGUUUUUCGGUAGAAAGUGAAGCUACAAAACCAGCAAAGUUGAGGACGAACACAUAUGAUAAAGGGUCAGAUAAGAGUGUGGAAGCUGCUACCAGGCCACAUCAAAAGUCUUGUUCGGCAAAGGUUUCGCGUGGGAACAUUUUGAGCUUCGUGUCGGAUCCGCAACAAGCGACUGUUAGUGAUAUUUCAGUUCCAUUAAGCCCGGUUGAGAUUGUGGAGUUGGACGAGGCUGAAUCUUCUCAAACGCAGGCUCCAGCUUCAGAUAAAGAGGCCGCGGUGAAAGUUUCCCCGAUGGACUUUUUUCGAAUGGUCAGAGACAAGGACAAGAAGAAGAAUUUGGACAUUGAGAGAAAGGAACAAGCCACCACUGAAACAGAAUUUAAAAAGGAGGACUUGGAAGGAGCAAUCAGCGAUACGAUACUGGCAUAUAAUGAAGGGCAAGAUUCAGAGGAUGUAUCAUCUAGUAUUAUUGAGGAUUCCUUGGUGGGCUUUUCUCCAGUUCUGGGAAGCAGCAAUACGCAGCCGGAUGCAAUUGAUAAUACUGUUGUUUCAUCUAGCCCAAAAGAAGUUCCUGGGGUAAGCGAAUUGAACUCCGCUCCGGUUGAGGCUUCCAGCAUACAGCCCGUAAGGGUUUCGCCGAUGGACAUAUUCAAAAGUUUCAGAGACAAGGAUAGGAAGCAAAAUAUUAAAAGCCGAAUUGUUGUGAUGAAGAUAAGUCCUAAGAGACUAGCUAGUGUGACAGGCGCAGGUACCUCGCACGAGGCAAUCAAUAUAGAUGAAGAUGAAUCAGUCAGCUCAGUCAAGUCUGUCGGUCCAGAUCUGAGUGCUACUGCCACAGCUUCUCCAAUGGACAUAUUUAAGAGUUUCAGAGAAAAAGAUGCACAGAAAGCUGUACCCGCGACGACUCCGGAGAAUGUGAUUGGGGCCUCUGGUGAUGAGAUUGAUGUUAUCCACAUAGAAUCUUCGGAUGAUGAUCUGGGCAGCCGACCGCUUACAAAGAAAACCAAAAAGCCUUCAAAGUCGGACAAGCAGUCCAAGAAACUUCCAACGAAAGGAUUUAUGGUCACCAUACCAAUCAGCUCAGAGAAGCUCAAGACCAUCAAAAUCAAGCCAGAACCAAAUCCGCUGCUCAGUAGGGGAAACAUUGAUUUUGCUGGGGCUUUUGAAAGUUCCAGGCCCAGCUCGGGCUACUCUUUCUUUUCGGAUGUAUCCAAUAGAGCAAAAGAAGCCGCUAUUGAAAAAGGGAAGGGUAUAGAGAGGCCUUGGAAAAUGAAGGAAAUGAAAGCUCCAGUUCUGAAAAAAGACGAAUUCUUGGUGAGAAAUAUGGAGGACGAGGUCACUGAAAAAGAACUGUUGGCUGGACUCAAGAUCCGCACCACGAGUCCUGCACCCUUUGAGGUCUCAGCAGAGGAGACCUCCGCUCUCAUGAGAUCCGACAGGGCAAAAGUCAAACACGAUCAGCAUAAACACUAUACGUACACCAUGGAAGAAUUUGAUAUCAGGUUACUGAGAGAUAUUGCAAUUCUGACAUGUCUCGAUCUCCAAAAAGAUGAACGAUUCAACCGUUUGCAAGACAUAAUGGCAGAUCCUUUCAUUGUCAAAGAGAUGAGGAAGUCGAGCCGACAAUGGUGCGAUCUUUUCGCUCCAACCAGACAUUCUGAAUUGCUGAUUUCUAGAACCACGAGAAAUUCCAUCAAUGACUGGAUUGUGAAUGCGUUCAAAAGACUCAAGUCCAUCAACACUAAAGCCAGAGAGGCGUACCUCAACACGAAGAAAACUCAUGAUGAUGACGAUAUGGAUUUCAUUGUUGAUUAUGAUGAACCUUCUGAUGAUGAGGUGUUUGUGCCGUUGUUGAUCUUGCAAGGAGAAAAUGGUUGCGGUAAGACCUCAGCUGUCUAUGCUAUUGCCGAAGACGAGCUUAAUGGCCAUGUUUUUGAGAUAAACACAGGUCAGGAAAGGGCCAAAAAAGAUAUCAAUUUCCACCUGAAGCAGAUUGGGACGACCCAGACUGUCAACGCAAAAACAGAGAGCGAUAACACCAAGAACGGAGUCAUUUUGUUCGACGAUUGUGACGUUGUAUUUGAAGAACUGGAUAAAGACUUUUGGUCAGCCAUUCGAAAUCUCAUGUCGUACUCACACCGCCCGGUCAUUUUGACGUGUGAAUCAAUUGACUCGAUUCCUUCUAGCAUCAUUGACCAUGCGACAAUAUACACUCUGAAAAAACCGAGUCAGAGGGUUUUGAAAGAGUAUUUGGAUGCUGUUGCUCUGAUAAUGGGAUUCAAAGUGCACUCAGAGAUUUUGGAGGAGAUAUCAGGUCUCAGAGAUACGAGGAAAGCGUUAAUGCAAUUGAAUCUACUUUGCAGCGGAAGGUUGCCAAAACAUUCCCUCUGUGAGGUUGGUGUAAGAGCGCAAGAAGAUGAAGAGAUUCCAAUUAUAGCUGGGUCUCAGGCUGAUGCUACUGCCGAAAGUUCCACUGAAUUUUCGUGCAAAUCUCUGGAAGAAUUGUACAAAAAAUACGAUUCCUUCGACGAAUUGACUGGUGAAAUACCGGAAACAUUGUCUUCAGGCUUUGACCUCAGAGAAGGGUUCCUGUCGUUCUACUCUUCCAGGCUUUACAGAUCAGGAAGUAGGGCCAAAGAAAGAAGAUUUCAUGAUAGUUACGACUUCAUUGAUUGCCAUCCAAGAACUGCGUUCAAUGCGUUAUCACAGGAGUCUUUUGCCAUUCAAGUCGCACCUUUCAUCCGGAGCAUGGCCAGUGUGGAUCUUUUAAAAAGCGAUAUGAACAAAAAGAGGUUCAGCGAAAGUCCUACGUUCGUAUGGGACACACCAUUGUAUAUUAGGGAAUAA